AUGCUCAUCUACUCGAUCGCCAGCUCCCCCGGAGAUAAUGCGCUCAGCCGUCUUGUGCGGCAAUACGAUGCCGGCAAAGAGGUGCUGUUGAGAAAAGAUGCAAUACACACAACCAUGAUGGAGCAGGCCGCCGCUGAUAGGCAGCUGUUCGCUGCGACGCCGACUGAUCCUGCUGGCCCUCCCCUUCGAAAUCCAGAGUCAUUCAACUUCGGCUCACCCUGGAACGUGUCUGCUGGUCAGGGCACAGCGGAUCUCUCUGCGUUGUCCAAAUACUAUGAAGGGAAGAAUAAGGAAGCGGAGCGAGAGAGGGUAGACAGGUUCAAGAAACAGAAGGGUUCCGUUUACGACCUGUAG